AUGGUGCUUCCUUUUUCCAAACACAUUCUAUCACAAAACCCCUUUCUCACAAAGCUUCCACCUUUGCUAACCAUUCUUAAUGGGCACCUCUAUUCCCACCAAUUCAACCCUUUCCCGCAAAAGUUUUCAACUUCUAGCUCCGGCCACUGUGAGAGAUUAUCUUGGGAACGUUCCACCCAAGAAAUUCUAUUGCAAAAGCUUAAAUUUGCUUUGAGGAAUCACCAAUCACAAGAAGCAUUGGAAACAUUUCAUGAUUUUAGAAGACUUUAUGGCUACCCUGAGGUUCAAUUAUCGAAUCAGGUUAUUGUUCAGUUGUGUUAUUCUUCAAAUCAUGUUUUGGUGAGAAAAUCAUUUGAUUUGGCUUUGAAAGUUGUUCAAGAGAAUUCAGGUUUGAUUCAUGUUGAUACGUUUACCAAACUUGCUUUGUCUUUGGCUAGAAUGCAAAUGUCAUCGCCUGCGUCUGUUAUACUUAGGUUAAUGCUUGAUAAAGGGUUUGUUCCAUGUAUGCAGUUUUUGUCCUUGAUUGUUUUUCAUAUUGUGAAGACAGAAAUUGGAACACAGAUUGUAUCAAAUUAUCUGUCUCAAGUUUGUGAUUUUUAUAGUUCUUUGAAGGAUAAAAAAGCGCUGUUCAAGCCGGAUACUUUGGUGUUUAACCUUGCUCUUGAUGCUUGUGUGAGAUAUUAG